CAGAUAACCAAAAUAGAAAAUCUCACAGAUUUGCCAAAUCUAGUUAUACUAGACCUAUCAUACAACCGAAUUACAAAAAUCGAAGGAUUAGAAGCUCUUAAAAACCUUAAGGAGCUCUAUCUAACUCGAAAUAAAUUAACAAAAAUUGAAGGAUUGAGUAAACUAAGCUCAUUAGAACUUCUAGAACUGGCCGAUAAUCGCAUUAAAAAAGUAGAAAAUUUGGAGGAUCUAACAAGUUUGAAGAAACUUUUCCUUGGAGCUAAUCAGAUUACAACUAUGGAAGGUCUCAAUACACUAAAGGAGCUCACAGUGUUGAGCUUUAUCGGCAAUGCUAUUCGAGAUAUUGAAGGACUAGGAGCUUUGACAAAGCUUAUAGACCUGUCAGUGGCUCAAAAUGGAUUGUCAAGGAUAGCUGGGUUAGCUUUUUCUCAUAGAAGGCAUACAUUGAUUGUUUAUAUUUGCAAAACUGUCAUUGGUUUUUCGAAAAAAAAACAUAUAGGCAAAAACCUGAUCGAACCAAGUUGGGAAUAUCCCAAAAUUGAUGAAGCGAAUGUCGCGAACCGCGGAUGGAUGCAAACCAGACGUGCGAGUAUACCUCUGCCGAGGGUACCUUGCGUUAAGCAUCUGCUGCCUGUCACGAUGUUAACUACACAUGCUGCAGCCUCCUACAAACCCUAA